AUGAACGGCGCAACUCAGUAUCAAGACUUAUCCCAUAUUUACGGCAGUACUAAAGAGAAGACAGAUUCAUUAAGAGCUCCUGGAGGUCUACUCAAGGUAUUCAAAGACUACGGGAGAGAUCUUCCACCUGCUACUGGCAAAAAAGAAUGCUUGAACAGCAAAGGAAGUGUUUGUUUCGACUCUGGCGAUAACCAUGCCAAUCAAAUCUUAUCCCUCACCGUACUGCACACCAUUUGGACGAGAGAGCACAACCGUGUAGCGAGAAUCCUCGCCCGACUCAAUCCGAAGUGGACAAAUGACACUGUGUUUAUGGAGACCAGAAGAAUUCUUCAGGCGGAAUUCCAACAUAUCAUUUACAAUGAAUGGCUGCCGUUGCUACUUGGUCCUCAAAUAAUGCGAGAAUUUCAAUUACUUACGUUUCCCGGCUACUCGUCAGGAUAUGAUCCCCAAGUGAAUCCAUCACUGACAGUAGAAUUCUCUGCGGCAGCGAUGAGAUUCGGACAUUCUGUUGUUGAUGGGAAGAUCAUGGUUCCAGGUCCAAAGAGUGGCGAAGUAUAUGAAACAAUAUCGAUACCGGAAAUAAUGCUUCAGCCUUCACGAUUACGACUUUUGCCUUUUCUGGACAGAUUACUGAUUGGUCUUUUGAUGCAGCCUAUGCAGUCGGUUGAUCCUUUUAUUACUGAAGGG